UACAUCGACAACUAGAAAGCUUAUAAAGGGGAGAGACUUUACGAAAAAAUUCCACUAGUGUUUCACCCAUUUUAUCUACCGUUUCAUGCGCGAGCAAUCAUGAAGCGUUUACUGUUGGUAUUUUUGGUAAUGACAUUUGCCCUUACCGUUCAUACUCAUGUGACUAAGCGGAAUGAAAGCGAUGAAGACAAUAGUGAUGAAGAUGACGAAGAAGAAGAAGGAGGAUUAAAGGGUUUGAUGCUCAAAACUAAGAACAUGACCAUGAAAGUUCCUUUCGUUGGUGAACUUACUGGAGACACAAUUGGAAAACUUAUUGACGGAUAUGAACUAAUUCAGAGAUUGACUAACGGCGCUGUUGGACGUAUUCUUGGGGGAGCAUUUCCCUGUACCAUUUCUCUGGAUUCCUUCGCCUGUACUGGUCACACCGUUGGCCAAGAUUUUGCAUCUAUUGCUGAAGCUAUUCUGAACUCGUUUCCGUCGGUGCUCGUCCCAUCAUUUCUAAAAACGUCUAUUAUUAUGAUGAUUCAGAUGUUCAUUGAACCGACUAUUGAUGUUUUCUUCGGAGGAAUAGCUAAGCCAGAAGCUACACAGGGUUAAUUCGUCCAUUCUUAUUGUUUUAAUUAUAUUUUUCAUUAUAUAUUACUAUUGUUAUUGUUAUUGCGAAUGUAUAACUUUUAAUUCUAAGUCAUUGAUGUGUUUUGUAAUGUUAUAAUAAAUUAUAAUGAUGUAAAA